AUGAGUCUCAUAAGUUGGAACUGUCGAGGGCUUGGGAACCUUCGGACAGUUAAGGCUUUGGAGAGGAUGGUUUCCAAAGAAGAUCCCAACUUUGUCUUCCUUAUGGAGACAAAAGCAGACAUGGAAUGGAUGAUUAUGGUUCGUGAUAGAUGCAAGUUCAAGAAUGGUCUCAUUGUGCCGAGUGAAGGGAAAAGUGGUGGGUUGGCUUUAUUUUGGAAGGAAGAUGCAUUGGUACAUGGUGAAGGAGAGGUAGGCUGGUGGCACCUGACUGGGUUUUACGGUGAUCCGGACAUGAAUAAAAGACCUGAAUCAUGGAGAAAACUUAGGUACCUUAGUAAAACAUCAGAUUUGCCAUGUCUUAAAGAUUUGGGCUAUACUGGUCCAAAGUUCACAUGGCUGUAUCAAACGGCUGCUGGAGUUCAAAUCAGAGAACGACUGGAUAGAGCACUUGCUACGAAUGGGUGGACGGAUCUCUUUCCGGAGGCUAAACUCUUCCACCUUACCUCCGCGGCCUCGAAUCACUCUCCACUAUCAUUGCACAUGGUAAGAAGGAGGCGAAUGCGAAAAAUGGGCCGGGUGUUUAGGUUCGAGUCAAUGUGGCUAAAGGAACCUAGAUGUGAAGAGAUUGUCCAUGAAGCUUGGGAUGAAGGUAAGGCCAUUGCCUCGGAUUUUUCAUUGAUGUCAUGCUUGGACCGUUGUAGGGCUAGGUUGGAGGAUUGGAAUAAGGUGGAGUUUGGCCACGUGGGAAAAACUAUUGCUGAUUUGCAAAAGCAUUUAGAAUGGCUAGAAAGACAACCUGUGUCUCCGGAGAAUAUACGGUCUAUGAAAGCAACUCGGGUUGAACUAAAUUGUUGGUUAGAAAAGGAGGACGCCAUGUGGUUGCAAAGAUCUCGCAUCAACUGGUUACAAAAUGGUGAUAGGAACACAAGAUUUUUCCAUGAGAAAGCGUCAUCUCGCUUUAGGAAGAAUUUUAUAGAGGGCCUAUUGGAUGAAAAUGGGCAGUGGCAGGAAGAUGAGUCUCAGGUGGAGAGCAUUGUGGUGGAUUAUUACAGAAGCCUUUUUCAAUCUAACAACCCUACGGAUUUUUCUGAAAUUUUAGAAGUUGUUCAACACAAGGUGAGCCUGACCAUGAAUCAAAACCUCACUAAAGAUUUUAGUGUUUGUGAAGUGUCGCGGGCCCUAAAACAGAUGUACCCCUUGAAAGCGCCUGGUCCUGAUGGCAUGCCUCCUUUGUUCUUCCAGCACUUUUGGCCUAAGGUGGGAGAAGAGGUCACAAAGACAGUUUUGGAUUUUCUAAACUCAGGUAUUGUUCCUCCAAACUUUAAUGAAACUCAUGUGGUGCUUAUUUCUAAAUGUAAAGAGCCAAAAAGAAUUACUGAUUUUAGGCCAAUUAGCUUAUGCAAUGUGAUGUAUAAAAUUGCUUCCAAAGCUGUUGCCAACAGGAUGAAGAAGAUUCUUCCUUCAAUUAUCAGUGACACCCAAAGUGCAUUUAUGCACGGCAGGUUGAUCACUGAUAAUGUUCUUGUAGCUUUUGAAACGAUGCACCAUAUCAGUCAGAAGAAAAUUGGCAAAAUUGGUGAGAUGACUCUAAAACUGGACAUGAGUAAAGCCUAUGAUAGGGUUGAGUGGUGCUGGCUGGAGAAGGUAAUGCAGAAGCUGGGUUUUGAUGACAAAUGGAGAGCUUUAAUCAUGAGAUGUGUUACGUCAGUCACCUACUCUUUCAAGAUUAAUGGUAAACCGCGUGGGAGUGUCACCCCUAGCAGAGGAAUCCGACAAGGAGAUCCUCUAUCUCCAUAUCUCUUUCUUUUAUGUGCAGAGGGAUUAUCAGCACUUAUAAAGAAGGCAGUGGACUGUGGUCAAUUGAGAGGGGUAGCGGUUUGUCGAAAUGGCCCUAAAUUGUCUCAUCUUUUUUUCGCUGAUGAUAGCUUGAUUUUUUGUAGAGCUUCUCUAGAGGAGUGCAAUGCUCUUCAAAGUGUUUUACAGGUAAUUAAGCUGCAUGAAAAAUACCUGGGAUUGCCGUCUCUAGUAGGUAGACGCAAAAGGAACACAUUCAAUGACAUCAAAGAGAAGCUGAAGAAAAAGUUAGCCGGUUGGAAAGAAAAACUGCUGUCUAAGGCUGGAAAGGAGGGUUGGCAGCUUCAAAAUCGGUAUGACACCCUUGCAUACAGAGUGCUCAAGGCCAAGUAUAUUCCACACUGUGAGUUUUCUCAGGCCUCUCUGGGUAAUAAUCCAUCUUAUACAUGGCGCAGUAUCAUGGCAGCACAGACAAUUGUGAAACAGGGUCUGCGAUGGAGGAUUGGAAAUGGGGAGCAUGUACGAGUCUGGGGAGACAAAUGGCUGCCAACGCCCUCCACUUACAAAGUCACCUCUCCUAGAAUGUUUUUGCAUGGUCAAACAAUGGUGAGUGAGUUGAUAGAUAAGGAGAAGGCCAGCUGGAAAACAGAGGUGGUUGAUGCUCUGUUUCUACCUUAUGAAGCAGAGGUUAUAAAAAGUAUUCCUCUGAGCGCGCAUCUCCCAGCAGACAAGCAAGUUUGGGCAUGUAGUUCUAAUGGUGUCUUUAUGGUACGAAGUGCAUAUUGGGUGGCAGUGGAAAUGACGAAAGGGGUGAGGAGUGGGUCGUGCUCUGAUGAUAGGCAAAAUAGGAAGUUCUGGAGAAAGAUAUGGGAGCUUGCUACACCUCCGAAAAUCAAACAUUUCACCUGGAGAGCAUGCCGGGACAUAUUGCCUACAAAAGCAAACUUAGUUCGGCGAAGGGUGUUAAUGGAAGAUGUAUGUGAUGGCUGCAAGUUGGCGUCGGAAAAUUCAAAUCAUUGCUUCUGGACAUGCAAGUUUGCACGUGAGUUGUGGGAGAGUUCUAAGCUAGCUCUGCCUUUUGAACUGGAUUGUGACUGUAGCUUCAAGGAUAUUAUGUGGGGCUUGCUUAUGGAGGAGGACAGUACACCGGAAAUGGCUGCCAAAGUUGCGACGUGUGCUUGGGCGUUAUGGGGGAAUCGGAAUGAGGUUAGAGUGGGUGGGCAACGCAAAUCCGGGCUGACUCUGUCUUAG